AUGAAAGAAACCGGUACCAACUUGGAAUAUACCAAGACAGAUACAACGUGGAACAUUAGACGACUCUUGGUGGAGCUUCUGUCCCUGCCACACGCUCAUGUUGCAGGGAGUGGAAGUUGGUCUGAAAUUGGCAAAACUCAACAAUUGUACGAGAUUCCGUUCCAGAUUGGGUACGGGCUGAAUAAGUUGAUUUCUGAAGAGCAAGUGGCGUUUAUGAAGGGAAGAAACAUUCACGAGAAUAUUGCUUUGGCUUCUGAGUUAAUCAAUGAGAUUAAUAUGACAAGGAAACAUGGUAAUGUUGGCCUUAAAUUGGAUAUUGCCCAGGCUUUUGAUACAGUUAGUUGGGAGUUUAUAGCCGAGGUAUUUCGUCAAUAUGGUUUUUCCGAGAAUUGGUGUUCAUGGAUUCUUAACAUUCUUCACUCGGCUCGGAUUUCUGUUAUGAUUAAUGGUAGCCCUGAAGGUUUCUUCAGUAUCACCAGAGGUCUACGACAAGGUGAUCCUCUUUCGCCUUUGAUUUUUGUGCUUAUUGAAGAUAUUUUAAGUCGUAAUCUCUCUAAAUUGUUUGCAAGACGAAGCAUGCAUACUAUGGUUAGUAAGAAAGGUGGGGCGCCUACACAUCUUCUUUUUGCGGAUGAUAUUCUUAUUUUCUGCCGAGGAAAUUUACUUAGUUUGCAAAACUUGAUGUACAUGCUCGGUAUGUAUCAAAGGGCCUCUGGCCAAAGUGUAAACCGUACCAAAAGAAAAUUAUAUUAUGGAGGUGGCCAUGGCUCUAGGGCAACUGCUAUUUCAAAUUAUUUGGGCAUGGGAAGAGCUUUAUUUCCUGAUAUGUAUUUGGGAAUUCAAUCGAAGCCAGGAAUGUGCGCCGCAUUCAUUUUCCACAAGUGGUGGAGAAGAUUAUGGAUAAGUUGGCCGGAUGGAAGGUGGCCAAGGAAUAUUAUUGAACAUGUUGAAAGGGCCAUUAGGAAUUUUUUAUGGUCUGGCGAUGCUGAGAAACGUAAAUAUUUUACGGUUCUUUAUGAGAGUUUGUGUUGUGCGAGACGUGAAGGUGGCCUAGGAAUUAAAAGAUUGGCGGAGGUUAACAAGGCCAUGCUUAUGAAGUUGUGGGUUACUAUCCGUGACUCUGGAAAAAUUUGGGCUAGAUUUUUGAGGGCCAAGUAUUUCAAAAUUAAUGGCAAUCUGAUUGAUUAUAAAUUGGGUUCCACGAUUUUUCCUGGAUCAAGUGGGUUUACGGGUUUGUGCAGCAACAUACACGUUCAAUUAUUGAAGAUAGAUAUCUGA